AUGCCUGGAAGAAUCAGUCAGCCCGGAAUGGUUGUCGAUCCGCUCCUUCUGGACAAUAUCACCCAAGCAGUACAGGUGAGGAUGGGUACACUGGAGCAAAUGGCUGGCGUGCAGAACAUGCUUUCAUCGUCACAUGGUAUAGAAUGGCCUUAUGGAGGAGCUCCUAGAGCGCUCGAUGUGUCACAAUUUGAGCAUGUGAAAGACUGGCAGAAUACUUUCCAACUGGUCAUAGCCACUGACGAAAUAAGAACAUUCGCUAUUUUUAACUAUGCUCGACUCAACUGGACUACUAGUCUCAAUGGAUUCGGAGGGAAACAAGCGGCUGUCGCUGGAUUCAAUGGUGGAAACGGUACUGGCUGGUACCAAUUACCGUACUCCGGACACGGUAAUGAGAUACUAAUUGAGUCCAAACGUUCAACUCAACCCCACAGCCGCUUGAGAAGUUGUUGCUAG